AUGGCCAUGGAGGCGUUGCGUUGGAAGAUGGACCAAUCCAAGGAAAGAGGGAAGAAGGUUGUACUUUCCCGUAUUCCGACGUCCGAGGAAACAGACACGAUAAUUGUUAGGAAGCGGAGAGCCAACCCCUCCAGCGAAGAAGAUGGCGGCGACCCCAAAAGAAAUGGCCAAAGGGUUAUGAGCCCCGCGACCGAAAAGCGAGCCAAAGCGCUCGUUGCUCUCUGCGACACUAAGGAGCUGAACGCAACCACCCUCGAGGUAGUACGCUUCGCAGCAGAGGAGAUGGAGAAGCGCCUCGAGCUUGACGAGAAGUAUGCACCAGCGCUGGAACGAAUUCGGCAGCUGGAGGUCGAUUCGUUCCGUCUACGCUACGGCGACUACUUGGCCGCGUACAUGCAUCGCGUGCGCAAAAACGCGAGAAUACUAGGCAGAUGGGAUCACGACAAUUUCCCAUCAAUACAGUACAGCUCGUCCCUCCACCUGUUCGAAGCGAUCCAGAAGCGUGAACACGAGUGGCGGGAAGUCUUUGACCCAGCAGAACCCAACGUUGCGCAUAGCACGUUUAAGGGCUAUGCGAAGCAACACAUCGUCUACGAAAUGAAGAACGAGCUAGAACAAGACCUCCGCAACCUUGUCGAAGCCCUCAAGGAUUGCCGAUGGGACCGACCGCAAUCCGAGAUCUCUGCGCCACCGGAAGAUACUCCACACAACAAGAAGAAGCAAGAGGGGAAGGUGAAGAAGGCGCGGAAAGAAGUGGCCCGCGAUGAGUCCAAUACCGAUGGCGCGGGUCAAGGGGCGGCAGGGAGGAAGAGGAGGAAGAGCUCCUGGAUCUCGGCGAUCUUUUCUACGAAGAGGGGGAGGAAAUCUGUAAGGAAAGAGCACCAACUGGCCGGCCACUGCCCGUUGGCACAAGCCACUAAGCCGCACUACGGCGCCACAACCCACAAGCUUUCACAAGCACACGCAGGACUGAGCCCCUGAGCAUGUAUAUAAACAGUGGCCCUCGCCCCCUUCCUUUGCAAGGGCAAGGUUGAAGUCUUACCCCAAUACCAGUCAUUGCUCGCACUUGUUACCUUCAUUGUGACCACCUUGAUCCGGCGUACCUGCCUUCUCUC